AUGGGGUUGCUGUCCUUUGCAAAGAGUAUCGGGCCUGUGCCGGUUGAUUUUAAAACUUUUACAUACUGGCAUAUUGCACUGGCUGGCAUCGGGGUUUUCAUAACAUAUGGCGUUGGGCUACUGAUUUAUCGUCUGUACUUCCAUCCUCUGGCUGGGUUUCCGGGACCCAAGCUCCUUGCUGCAACAACCUGGUACGAGGCGCUCGUUGAUAUUGGUCCGCACGACUUUCCUCAGAGACUAGCUCAAAUACACAAGAAAUAUGGUCCUAUUGUUAGGGUGGCUCCAGGAGAAAUACAUGUCGACGACGCUGAAUUCUUUCAAGUCGUAUUCGCAACUGCCGCGAGGCACCGAACAGAUAUCAUUCCACCUCGAGGACUGGGUCAAGAGGAUUCCAUAGGAGCAACAGGUAACUUCGAGUUGCACCAACUGAGAAGAAAGCCACUUGAAAAGUUCCUAUCUCGCCAGAAUGUCACACGCCUCCAACAUGUCAUCGAUGAAGAGCUCAGAAUUCUAGAUCGAAAAGUGGCCAAUGCCAAAAAUACGGGCUUACAGAUUCGACUCGACCACAUGUUUACAUCAUUUACUGGUGAUAUUGUGGGAGAGAUUGCUUGCAGAGAGAAUCCUUCAUUGCUCGAUGCCCCUGCAUCUACCCCCGAGUGGUACGAUAUGAUUCGAGGCGCUGCUCGUAUCAUUCCGGUCAUUCGUCACUUCCCCCAAGUUGGAGAAUUUACGCAGUCCGUUCCUGCAUGGUUGGUACAAACUCUGAUUCCUCGUUCCACCGGAUUUAAGAUUCUGCAGAUGCUUGGAGAAAAGCGCAUAGCCAAAAUUAGAGAAGAAGUGGCUCGGGAAAAGACUCGCGAGUACGGAGCAGGCGACUCAAUGUUUCACAACCUCCUUCGAAGUGACAUCCCCGAAUCGGAAAAGAGGUCAGACCGUCUCAACGCUGAAGCCGUCGCUUUCCUCGGAGCUGGAACAUACCCGACAGCUGCUACCCUUAUCUUUGUGGCGUAUUACAUUCUUGCCAAACCAGAAAUAGAAGAACGGCUACGCAACGAACUCAAAGAUGUUAUGGCUGGAUUCGAUAAUGAUGUGGUGAGCUGGGUCAAGUUAGAACAGGUCGACUAUCUUACGGCUUGUCUCAAAGAGGGAUUACGAUUGUUGAGACUGUUCCGUCGCAAAUCGAGAAUCUGCACGGAUAAAGACUUGGUCUACGAAGGUUACGUUAUACCGAAAGGCACACCAGUCAGCAUGCCAACUUACACUAUGCACAUCGAUCCGGAAGUCUUUCCCAAUCCCUUGGAGUUCAAUCCGGACAGGUGGUUGUCCCCAUCUCUCCACCCCCGUAUGGAACGAAAGUGGAACCCUUUCCUCGGCGGUGCAAGAAAUUGUGUCGGAAUGCAUCUUGCUUGGGCUCAAAUGUACCUUAUCCUUGGUACAUUGUUCCGUCCUAACAAGAACUAUCGACUUAAGCUGGGAGAUUGUGAUGAGUCCGAUGUCUUCCCCGUUGUCGACAAUGAAUUUGGCGUUCCAAAGUAUGGAUCGCGCGGUCUUAGUGCGUUUGUGAACUAG